AUGUCUCUCACAGGGAAAGUUGCACUCGUCACUGGUGGCGCAAAGAAUCUUGGUGCCGAGAUUUCUAGGGACUUUGCCGCCCUGGGCGCCUCCCUGGCCAUACACUACAACUCGGACAAAACCAAACAAGAUGCUUCUGAACUUGAAGCUUCACUGAAGGAGAAAUACCCCAAGCUCAAGGUCAAGUUCUACCAGGGUGACCUAACCACGGCUGGUGCCGUUGAGUCCCUAUUUUCCUCUGUCAAAAAAGACCUCGGCAAGGUUGACAUUAUCGUCAACACAAUUGGCAAGGUCCUCAAGAAGCCCAUCGGCGACAUCACGGAGAAGGAGUACGAUGAAAUGUUUGCUAUCAACUCCAAGAGCGCCUUCCUUAUCCUCCAGGCCGGCUCUAAGUACAUCGAGGAUGGUGGUAGCAUCAUAACCAUCGUGACUGCCCUCCUCGCCGCCUUCACCGGUUUUUACACAUCUUACGCCGGGUCCAAGGCCCCUGUCGAGCACUUCACCCGUGGUGUCUCUAAGGAGCUACAGGGCCGCCAGGUUCGCGUCAAUGCCAUAGCACCAGGCCCUAUGGACACCCCAUUCUUCUAUCCCCAAGAGAGCCCCGAGGCUGUUGAAUUCCACAAGAGCCAGGGUCUCGGAGGCAGACUCACCCAGAUACAGGAUAUCUCUCCCCUCGUCCGCUUCCUCUGCACCGAUGGCGGAUGGAUCACUGGUCAGACCAUCUUUGCCAACGGUGGCUACACCACCCGGUAA